UGCAGAGGGCCAGUACAGAGGCAGAGGGCCAAGUGGCUUUUUUCUGGAUUGCAAUCCAAUCCUGUUAGCUUUAAUGAUUUUUUGUUUUGUAUUGUUCAGUAACUUUGAGUGCUUUUUGUGUCUAAAACUCUCUGUGCCUCCCAAAUUCUCACUGCUUAAAGAAAGACUGCUCAUUCUUGAGUUGAAAGGCUGACUCGCUAUUUGGCCUAACAGCUGGAUGCCUGUCCCUGCAGACUACCAGGAAUACACACUUCAGUCUGGGAGACUCCACAAAGCUGUCUGAGUUGAAGGGGAGAGCUUAUGAUGUUAACAUGAAGUCCAGCAGUGUCUGUCUGGGAUGGAGAGGGAGCUCCUUUCAGAUGCAAACACCAUUAUUCAGCUCCUUUGAAGAGCCACUGAGCACUCACCAUAGGUGAGAAUUGAUGAACGUUGGCAGCUUAUUCAAACCCAGGGACACCAGCAGUCAGGAUCCCAAAUGGUGAAGGCAGGAAGGUUCCUUGCUCCCCUCAGCCCCAGAAUGUGAGGCUGCUUCCGGGGGAGGGGGAGGGGGGGCUCCCUGUUGAAAUGUUAAUUACAGACAGAUAGAUAGAUAUAUAUAGAGAGAGAGAGAGCUUGAAUCACCAGUUGACUGGGUUAAUUGAGUCUGACCCUGCUUUGUAACAGGACUGGGCCCAGCUUUUUCUCCUGGUGCUGGAGCUAACAAUGGCUGCGCUGGGCUGGCUCUCUCUCUGUGUCACUGUGAUUUCCCUUUGCCCAGUCGGGCUGGGGGAACCGCUGCUGGAGCCCCUGGUUCAGGAGAAGGCCUUCCUGAAAGCGUUGGGUUUACGGAGCAGACCCCAGCCCUCUGAGCCCAGGCCUGUGCCAGCUCAGUUCUGGAAAAUGUACCACAGGAGGUCUAGGCCCCUCACCCAGGACGACCCGACUGGAGCUGAGCCGUGCCGAGUGGAUGAGAUGGGGGUGGAUGGAGACACUGUCCGUCAUCUUCCCGAUCUGGGGAGUCCGAUCUCUGGCCUGGGAUCCCAGCCAUGGCUCUGCACUCGGAGAAGGCUCUACUUUAACCUGUCAGUGCUUGAGGAGGCGGAGGAGCUGACGUUGGCCCAGCUGGAGCUGAGCUUCCCGGGAGAGCCGUACCCACUCCCCGGGGCAGCAGGGGAAACCUGCACCCUGUCCCUCUGGAAUGUGGGAGGGCGUCCCCCCUCCUCCAGUCCGAGCCUCAUCUCCUCACAGUCCUUCCAGAGCCUCCGCGUCUCCCUCAACUUUGACCUGACCGUUGUCAGCAUCUGUGGGUCCAGUGACUCUGCUUUUGGACCCAAAAACGUUAACUCUGCUUUGUCUAUUUGUCACGUUACCAUUCAGUUACACACAGAGGUCAACCGGAAAAGAGUGGCAACCCCAUCAAUGCUGGAUGACUCUUGGUUGAAGGGUGAGCUUGAGAUGGUUAAGAAUUGGGAACUACUAACAUGGAAAUAUGGUCAGUGUCACAAUAAGAGCAUCAAUUUAUAA